AUGGACAUGCAGGUUUUGGAAAUAUCAGAUAGCGAAGAAGAGGAAGAACAAUUAGAAGCUGAUGGAGAUUCAGUUGAGAGAAGUAAAGUAAUUUCAUCACGCGAUAAAGGAAAAUCUGUUGCAAAUAUUCCGGAUGAUGAUAACGAUACUGAAGAAGAUUAUCAUCCUACAGAAGAUGAUGAUAAUGAAAAUAGUCCAUCAGAAGGUCCAUCUACAAGGGAAGUAAUGGUAACUGCAGCAACAGAUGUAUCUUCAAUCACUUCUACUUCAUCAUCUUCAACUUCAAAACGAAGAUUAAAAGAAGUUGUUGAAAUUAUUGAAGUAGAGGAAGGAGAAGAUAAUAAUGAAAAAAGAGGAAAUCAUAUUGGUCCUGAAGAACCUAUUUCACCUUAUCCCAUAAAAUUAAAAGGCGAGGUAGUUCAAGGGUUUGGAAGAGGAAGUAAAGAGUUAGGAAUUCCAACAGCUAAUCUUUCCGAGGAUGCAAUAAAAACACUUUGUGUUGAUGUUGAUACAGGAAUUUAUUUUGGAUGGAAUCCAUAUUAUAAAAACGAGAAAAGGAGCGCGGAAGUUCAUAUUAUUCAUAAAUUUCCCGAAGAUUUUUAUGGUGCAGAAUUACGUGUAAUUGUAUUAGGUUACGUUCGUCCAGAAAAAGAUUAUAGUUCACUAGAUAUCAAUUUAGAUAUAAGUGUAGCACUUAAUUCUCUAGACCGAACUUCAUAUAAUGCUUAUAAAUACAGAUAG